GCCAUUGUCACCUCUCUCUCUCUCUCUUCACACACAGUUUUUAUCUUUUCUGGGUUUCUUUCAUUUCCUCCAAACAUGACGCAUACUUUCUCUCUCUAAAAACGACAACAAUUCUGGAGUCUCCUGAAUUUAAAUGUAGGUUUUUGCUCAAGCAUUUGGAGCUCUUUAAUUUAUAACACUCACCAGCUCUACUGCUACUACUCUACUGGUCUUUAUACACAAUUACAAGUUCCAAGAAAAAGGCAGUUUUUUUUUUUUAAGAAAAGAAAAAAGAAAACAAUGGCCAGAGAGAAUAGGUACCACAGCAACACAUCAUCAAGAAGAGGUGGAAAUGAGGGUGAUGAUGGCGGUGAUGAACUGAUGAUGAUGAAUAAUAAUAAUAAUUAUAAUAAUAAUAAUGAUGGUGACGAUGAUGAUAAUAAAAAUUAUAAUAACAGUGGUAGCAGUAAUAAGCCUGCAUGGCUUGAAGGAUUGAUGGCGGAGACAUUCUUUGGAGGUUGUGGGGUCCAUGAGAAUAGCAGGAAGAAUGAGAAGAACAUCUUUUGCUUGCUCUGUUGCCUUAGUAUUUGUCCUCACUGCCUUCCUUCUCAUCACUCUCAUCCUCUUCUCCAGGUGAGAAGAUAUGUUUACCAUGAUGUUGUUAGACUGGGGGAUCUUGAGAAGCUUAUUGACUGCUCCUAUAUUCAGCCCUAUACUAUAAACAGUGCUAAAGUGAUAUUCUUGAAUCAGAGGCCACAGUCAAGGUCUUGUAAGGGCUCUGCCAAUGUAUGCUUCACUUGUGACAGGAUUCUCCAAGAACCAUUUCACUUCUGCUCCCUUUCAUGCAAGGUUGAUCACUUGGUGGAUCAAGGGGAGGAUCUCUCUGCUGUUCUAUACAGAUUUGACGAGUCCGAUUUCGCUUUUUCACAAUUCGAGGGAUUGAGGAUGGAUGGCUCGGAGAUCAUUGAUGAAGACAGUCAUAUUCCCCCUAGCUCCAUUCUAGAGGACCAAGUGCAAUUCAAAGGCUCAUCAUGCUCCAAUGAGACCAUGGCCAAUUCUGGAAUUUCACAGGAAGCUGAGGUUGUGAAGAGAAAGAAGAAAGGAAGUGGCUUCAUUCCAGGGUUUGUACUCUCAUUGAGCAGCAGAAGAAAGGGUGCUCCUCAUCGGGCUCCAUUUUCUUGAAUUAGGUCAGAAAUAUUCACAUUGGCAUAAAAGAAAAAAAGAUGGAGUUUGCUUAUUAAAUAACAUUAUCAUUAUAUAUAUAAAUAUUAUAUGGAAAGCUUAAUUUCUAUUAUCCGGCGCGAUUGAGAUCAGUCAUGGUUUCAACUAAUCCCUGGCAUGGCUAGAAUCUGUUUUCUUUUCUUAUGAAGCAUUUCCAUUACUGACCUUAAGUGGUUGUAGAGAGACUGUAUUUGAAAGUUAGGCUCCCAACUCCACCAGUUUUGUAUGAUGUAAUGGCACUUGCACACAUAUAUAUAUGUUAUUUGCACAA